AUGCCCGUACGCUUCUACAGCGCCCGAGAUCAAAGCCAACAAAACCAACACAUCUUGACUGAAUUCGCAGCGAGAUUUUCGAAGGCUAUUCGGAAAGCCGAAUUCCACACCAUUGGUGUUGGUUGGGAUGACGAUUCUCCAAACCAGAUCCAUCCUCUUCUUGGUCUGCUCGAUUUUCUUGAAGAUCAGAAGAGCAAGCUCCCUCCUAGAAUUAUGGAUAUCAAUCCACGAUCGUAUCAUCUCGAGGACGAUAAGAGCUAUCUAAGCGAACAACAGGAAGAGGCCGAAAUUGAGAGGAUUAUCGAACGACACGGGGACCGUAUCACGGCAAUGGUGUCUGAGACUCAUCUUAAAAUCCUGUCCAACGCAUCGACAACGGAGAUGACGGCCUGGAACGAUGGUAUCCGGGAGGGGGAACCAGCUGCGACAGUCAUCCUCCUACUCGCGCUGUACCCACACUUUGAAUCUCUUCGCUUCUACAGUCUAGAGUACUGGCGGGAAAUAAAUUUUGAAACAAUCAUCACGUCACUCACGACAGCUGCUACAGACUCGAGGACCAACAAAUUGGGGGUUAUCAGCGAACUCUCGGAGUUCACAUUAAACCACUGGACAGAGACUUCGGGAGUGAAAAGCAAAGUGGAGUUGUCCGGUCCAUCCAUGGCAUUACCAAAGAUGCGAUCAAUCGAGGCCUACAAUGUUCAUCGUCGGAACAAUCAGUGGUCAUGGGGCACAGGGUUUUCGCACGUGACUGACGUCAAGCUCGAAGUAUGCGACAUUGACACAACAACAUUGACCAAUUAUAUCGGCGCUGCGAAGGCACUUGAGACGUUCACCAUCAAUACAGAGAUUCCACAUGUCGAGCGGGGUAGUGAGGAAGAGCCCGUCGAGAAAAUAUGUGGGGCCAUGUUCAAAGACUUGCCUAAGCUGCGCAAGGCAUGCCUGCCAAAUUUGGAAGAGAUCUGUUUUGAAUACGUUGAAGACGAUGAUUUAGUGGAGGAGGAGGGUCAUCGCGAGCUACGCUCACGGUGCAAGGAAGCCGGUGUCAAGGUAAAGUCUAUUGGAUGGGUGAAGGGAAGGGAGUAUACAGCCGGACGAUUCAAUAUCGUGAACGGCUAG